UAGGUUUGAAAACGAAUGUCCGGAGAAUGGGAAUAUGUUGGCAGAGCUUCCAGAAAAACCACGAGAACAGAUGAGAAAGGUCAAGAUUCCCAAGCUCACUGGAAAAUCACUCCUUCAAGAAGGUCUCUGGUGCAUGUCAAGAGGUUCACUGGAGACAGUCCUACCUCAGAUGACUCAAAGGACAGUGUUAUCCAGGAUCCACCUACUUCUCGACAUGUGGGACAUGGUGGCAGACAUACAGGGGAGCCCGCUUCUGGGGACACGAAGAAGGACAGGCCGACGCAACUUGAGGAUGAAGAGCUCCACGCUGCUGACAGGAGACGGCCUGCAAGUCCGGGUCGGAGUGAGGACGGCAGCCCAGUUUCCAACACAGUCACUCCCAGGAAGCUUGCAGCUAGAAACCAAACUCCAGUGAAAGCUGAAGGCGCUGCCGACCCUCCCGAUACACCCAGAAAUCUCUCUUCCAGAAAGAGGAGAAUGUCUGUGAAAGCAGAAGUUCUCGUUACAGAAACUCAGAACCAGCCUUCUUUAACUCAGUGCCUUGCUCCAGUUGAAAAGAAACCUCCAAAAGAUUCCCUUGGCAAGCCUGAGAAAUUGGCCCCGGCAGCGGCACAGCUUGGCUCUGGGUUACCUGGUCUUAGUUCGGCUGAUGUCAGCAACUUCGGUAAUUCCACGAACAAGAGUGAGGGAACAUCUUUGAAGAGAAGACGUGUGUCCUUCGGUGGUCGUCUCAGGCCCGAGUUAUUCGAUGAAAACUUGCCUCCUAAUACACCACUCAAGAGAGGAGAAACACCGACCAAGAGGAAGUCGCUUAUCACUCACACACCAGCUGUGCUGAAGAAAAUCAUCAAGGGGCAGCCACAGUCACUGGGAAAAGAAGAGCCUCCUGGACUCUGUGCGGAAGUGACGGCACAGGUAUGCGUGGCUGCAGCUCCUAGUCCAGGAAAAACUCCCUCAAGGGCAAAUGACCAAAGACGCAGGUCAAGUAGGACCUCGCCUGCCUCCAGCAGAAACAAAUCCCUACAUGAGACAGAUGUUCCGAAGAAGGAGAGGAAGACUGGCAACCUGCCUCCCAAGAGGGCCUCCAUCAGCCGUGGUCAGCAUGACAUCUUACAGAUGAUUUGCUCCAAGAGGAGGAGUGGGGCUUCCGAGGCCAACCUGAUUGUUGCAAAAUCAUGGGCAGAUAUAGUAAAACUCGGCGUGAAGCAAACACAAACAAAAGUUGUGAAGCAUGUCCCUCCAAAGCAGACGAGCAAAAGGCCAAGAAGACCCAACAGCCCUAAGGAGGAACUGAUCCCAGAGAAGUGGCUGUGUCCAUCCAUAUGUUUUCAAUAUUUUCCUUUAUUAGGGCUAACUGAAAUGUUCAAGACGCCAGGGAAGGAGAAGCAGCGGACCAACACGGGCAUCAUCAUUUUCUCCAACUCAGAAAAUCUGCCUGGAAAACAGCUUCUGGUACCUAAUUCAGGAGACAAGCCUCUGCCCGUCAGUUCAGAGAUUUUGGGAGAAAGUGUGCUCUCUAGUGCUCAGGAUGCAACGGAAGAGCCGUAUGACAAAUACUCUGCAAGCCCGGCCUUAAGACAGCGACGCUCAAAAGGUGGAGACACAGCACAAACGCCCGAGACCGUCUAUAAAACUACUCCCGCUGAGAAGAAGGUUCCAGAUUCUGUGACAGGGCCUUUGAAGACAAUAUACAGUGCAAACAAGUUCAGAUCUAGGGAGCUCGGAGGUGCACAGGUGCCACGUGUAGAAAGUCAGAAUGGUGGCACAGAAGCAGACCUGGCUGAGGGCAUCACAGGGAGACACCCAAGGAGGACACCAGUGCAAGGCCAGCAACUGGAUGGGAGGACACGGGACAGUGAGCAGUCUUCACGAAGACACAAAGAAAAUGUCGAAUCAAAAGAUCUAGCAAGGACGUCCGCUGUCAGAAGAUCAAGUGGCAGGGAACAGAGAUGUGGCUCCACAGAAGGUCUAUCAGGUAGUCAGGUGAUCUCCCAAACACAGGAAAAAGGAACCACUAAAGUACCCUGCAGAACUUCACAGCCAGAAGCAGCCAACACCCCAAAGAGCAGGAGGAGAGGGCUUGUGAGUGAGGUGGUCUGCAGUGAGGUUGUGAAAGAAGAGCUCUCCGCACCGGGGAGAGUCACGAGGCCAGAGGAAUCCAUGCACACAUCCAGUGCACCCACAGGCGAUGAUGCAAGCAUCCAGGAGUUCAAGGCAGCGUCAGCCCAGAAGGUAGUUUUAAAGGAAUCUGAAUAUCAAAUACUGGACCCAGCAGUAAGGGGCAUCAAGAGGCAAGCAGAGAAAGCUGAAGAAAAGGCUCAGUCCCUAGAAGACCUGACUGGCUUCCCUGAGCUCUUCCAGUCUCCAGCCCUUGGCAAACGCCUACAAACCACUGACAAAACCACAAAGACGCCUGGACCAGUCAGAGCCCCAGCGAGCACGAAGAGGCUGCCCAAGUCAAGCCUAGGGAAGGUGGAUGUGAGCAAAGAGCUUUCAGCAGUUGGAGGAAGAACACAGACGCUGGGCAGAGGCACGCCCACAGUACCAGCACAGGAAGAAAAUGAUGCCACAUCCAUUGUGGAAACUCCAAAGCAGAAGCUGGAUUUCACAGAACGUUUAACUGGACGAAAGAGACGGUCACGAACACCUAAGUACAGGACUGAAUCCCUAGAAGACCUUGCUGGCUUCCAGGAGCUCUUCCAAACCCCAGUCUGUGCCAGUGACCCAGCGACUGUUACUUUAACAAAAAUAUCCUUAAAGUCUCCACAGCUGGGACCAACUAGAACCCCCAAAAGUGCAAAGAAAUCUCCCCAAACAAGUCUUGAGAAUGUAGAUGUUCAAGAGGAGAUUCCGACACUUGGACGACUAACACAGUCACCAGACAGAGCUGAAAAGACACCCACGGCACCAACAAAGCAGGAAAAGGGAAUCGAAGCAAUUGUGGAAACUUCAAAGCAGAAACUGGAACCUGUAAGAAAUUUGACCAGGCUGAAGAGACACGCAGGAACACCCAAAGCCCAGCCCCUGGAAGACCUGGCUGGUUUUCAGGAGCUCUUCCAAACACCAGGACAUGGCAAUGGCCCAUUGCCUGUUGACAAAGUCACAGAAAUGCCCUUUAAUUCUCCACAGUCAGAACCUGUCAGAAUCCCAACAAGCAUAAAGAGAUCAUCUAAGACAAGUAUGGGCAAAAUAGAUGUGAAAGAAGAGUUUUCAGAAGGUGAGAAACUCCUGCAAACAGAAGAAACUGCGCACACACUCCAAGGACCAGACAGUGACAAAGGCCUUAGACCACCGAAGCAAUCCGCAAAGCCAAAAUGGAACCCAGCAGUCAGCGUUCCUCAUAGCAAGAGACUGCGACUGACACCCAAGGUAAAGGCACAGCCUCUGGAAGACCUGACUGGCUUUCAACAGCUCUUCCAAACACCAGGCUGUACUACGGACUCAGUGACUGUUGGUGAAACCACAGAAUUACCCUAUGAAUCUCCACAGCCAGGACUAAUCAGAACCCCAGCCAGCACAAAGAGACUGCCCAGGAAAAGCACAGAGAAAGGGGAUGCGGGUGAAGAGCUUUCAGUGCUCAGGAACCUAACACAGUCACCAGGCAAAGGCACACCCAUACCUACAGCACCGGUACGACAGCGUAAAGGGAUGAAAUCCCUGACGGAAACUCCGAAACAGAGACUGGAUUCCACAGAAAAUGUACCUGGACGUAAGGGAUGGCCACAAACACCUAAGGAGAAAGUCCAACCUCUAGAAGACCUUGCUGGCUUCCAGGAACUCUUCCAAACACCAGUCUGUGCCAAAGACUCAGGGACUGUUGGCAAAACUACAAACGUGCCUUUGGAAUCUGCAACAUUUGCUGGAACUCCCAUGAGCAUGAAGAGACUGCCCAAGACAAGUCUGGGGAAGGUGGAUGCGACAGAAGAGCUUCCAGCAGUCAGGAAGCUAACGCAGUCUCCGGAGAAAGCCACACACACGCCUAGGCCUCCAGCGCAGGAAGGUGCCGUGGCCAUCAUGAAAACCGCAAAGCAGUUUCUGGAGUCUGCAGGAGGCUUAACUGGAUGUAAGAGGCAGGCACAAACACCUCGGAGAAGUUCCCAACUCCUAGAGGACCUUGUUGGCUUCCAGGAGCUUUUCCAAACACCAGCUCAUGCCAAUGACCUAGUGACUGUUAGUUUAACAAGAAUGUCCUUAAAGUCUCCACAGCCAGAACCAACCAGAACCCCUCAAAGCGCAAAGAAAUCUCCCAAGACAAGUCUUGGGAACAUGGAUGUGAGAAAAGAGGCCUCUCCACUGACCAAGCCAGGGCGAGUAUUGGGGGAGCUCAUACCCACAGCCAAACUUCCACAGGGUGGUGGUGGAAGGAGCAAAGAUUUAAAGGACUCUGCAGCCCGGACUUGGGGCUCAGUAAGUGUAACUAGCAGCAAGAGGCAGGGAGGGACACAUCAGGAAAAGUCCCAGCCCUUGGAAGACCUGUUUGGGCUCCAAGAGCUCUUCCAAACACCAGAUCAUGGGACAAACUCGGUCACUGUUGACAAGGUCACAGAAAUGCCCUGCAGAUCUCCACCACCAGAACCAGUGGGUGCUCCAGUAACCUCAAAGAGACAACCCAGGACACGUCUGGGGGAAGUUCGUGUGAAAACUGAGCCAUUAGGAGUAAAGAAGCUUCCAGAAACAGUAGGAGAAACCGAGGACAAAGGCCUAAGAUCCAGGAGGCAAUGUGCAAAGCGGAAGUUGGACACAGCAUCAGCGGCUGGUGUGUCGGGCAGCAAGAGACGGCGGGGGGCGUGUAAGGAAGCUUCGCAGCCCCUAGAGGACCUGACUGGCUCCCAAGAGCUCUUCCAGACACUAAGCUGUGCUGGAGGUUUGAUGCCUGUUAACGAGACUACGAAGAUGCCUGGCAGAUCUCCAGAACCCAUGGACACAAGUUCAAAGACACGGCCCGGCACAAGAGUCAGGAAAAUGGUUGUGAUCCAGGAGCCUGCAGCACAGAGACGGCCCCCCAGAACAUCACGGGAAACCAGAAAUGCACACCAGGAACCCGUGAGUGACAGUAAAGACAUCAGAGAGCAGAAGCAGGAGCCUGCCCCAAGCGUGCCCAGUAGCAGGAGGCCAGCCAGGGUGCCCAAGAAGGCUCAACCCCGAGAACAGGCCAGCGUCCAAGAGGAGGCAGCCACAGAUGUGUCCUCUGACGGUCCACAACCGGAGCGAAAGGACUCCCCAGCCUCCCCGAGGAGGCAGCUCAGGACACGGCCCCAGAGAGUGGAUGUCAAGGAGGAGCCCGCAGCACAGGGAAGGCUGCCGGGCAGGGAAACCCGACGUGCGCCCAGGGAGCCCGGGAGCCAGGGUGGACGUGCCCAAGAGCCCGCAGAGCCUGCGAAGCGGAAACUCGAGCUGGCAGCGGCUUUGCCUGGCACCAAGAGGCCACGGCGGGCGCCCAGGGGAACCGCACAGCCCCUAGAAGAGCUGGUUGAUCCCAAAGGACCAGUCCAAACCGCAGGCCACACUGGGGAAUCAGCAAGUGAUGAAAGGCCCGGUGACUCUCCACGUCCAGAACUAGCAGAGCCUCCCCAAACCUCCCCGGCACAGCCCAGGACCAGACGCAGGAAAGCAGACGUGAGCGGAGGGUGGACGGCCGAGGGGAAGACUGCACGGACGUCGAGGCAAACCACGCGAUCUCUCAAGGCCCCCGGCGUUGAUGGCGAAGACCCCCAAAUUGAACCUGCACAGCAGAAAUGGGACAGAGUGGCAAGUGUAACUAGCAGCAGGAGGCGGCUGAGGGUACCCAAGGAAGACUUGACUGGCUCCAGAGAAAUGAUCCAAACCCCAGGCCACACUGAGCAGCUGGGAAGUAGCACUAGGGGCCCUAAGAGUCCUCCAAAGCAAACGUCAGACCCAGUAAAACCUUCAAGAGCUCGCAGAAGAGUGCUGAGAACCCCCGUGGAGAAGCUGGCUAGAGUCUUGGUGGACACUAGGGACCCUGCAGCGUCACAAAGCAACACAAGUGAUACUCUGCCCCCCGAGAGGAAGUCUGAGAGAGAAGAAAGGGUCUCGAGAACCAGAGGGCUGCGCUCUGCUGCUCAAGUGCAGGGGGCACCAGAUGAGCAGCCCAGCCUGGGGAGACAGACGGCUGCCCCCAAGAGAGGUCCAGCACCGGAGCUCCCAGAGAGGACACGUCUGACAAUGGUCACACACGGAGUUGAACAUGUGGAAGAGCAGAUGAGCUACCUUGUGAAAACUAGAGGAGAGGAGCCCAAAGUGGAAGACUUGGUCACUCCAGAUCAGAGAGUGCUCCUGCGCUCCAGACACCAAAAGAAAACUGGUGGAGACCAGCAAAGACCCCAGGCUAAGGAAAACAAGAGGACCAGGAACAGCUCCCAGGAGACCCAGCUGCGGAACCCAGACCAUGGCGUCAGGAAGCCUGCGUCCAGAGCCACGGCCGACAGGGAAAGAUCAGGCUUGAGGUCUGGAGGACCGAGUGCGAGCUCCCGGGGGCACACGGCAGAUAAGACCGCAAGUGAGAAAGGCAGGAAGACCCAGACGAAGGCUCAGAAGGAGAAGGGAGUCUCUGGAGAUUCAGGUGUUAGGCGUUUGCGGUCUGGAAAGACCAGAGCCACUUUGGACAGUGCGCCUGAGCCCAGAGCAACUCGAGGUGCCAAGAAAGGUGCAGAAAACCCAAAGGAGGAUAAAGACAUUGUAUACACCAAGAAGUUAAGAACAAGAAGUUGCCGGGACAGUGAAGAUAUUUAGUAGGCACUUAAGAAGGGGACAAAUAGUUUAGUGAUAAACUCUAGUAUAAUUUUUACCGUCAAUGUGUAAAAUGAAUUAUGUAAAUAAUGUUGUCUGUGUUUAAACUUGACUUUUCCUGGCUAUAUUGUCCUUAAAAGUCCAUGUGGAGAUCAUAAGGGGGUUACCAAGAAUCUCAGGAAUAACAAUUUGAAAGUUUGGGGGUGGGCGGGUGCAAGGGUGGCCUCCCUAUUGCGCAAUAAAA